UGUUCUCUAAACGCACAACGCAUUCCCGCAUCCAAAGUGUCCGUGACCUGAACUCCUGCAGGGGAAGUCUAACUCUUGAACCGUCUUCAUUCCGGAGUGUCCCGGUGCCAGCGGUGGUCGAGCUUGCUGAAGGGCACCCAGGAUUAGCUCAGAGACUUUCUGCCACUCGGUACAGCAGCAUUGAUGAAUAGAAGAACACUCAUAACGUCGGCAAAUUUUUUGGAACCAUACAAUGCCAGAAUGAAAGACGUAAGGAUAUGGUGCUUGGGAAGAGAAGGACUACAUACUACUCCUUAUAGAUACCGGGUAUGGCGAUUCAGAAGAUUAUUCCCAAAGAGUGAAAAUCCUGAGCAUUGGCAUGGGCCGCGGGGGGUGCACGUGCCUCGUCACGACGUAUCCGUGAUACACAGCAUGGAUCAGAUCUACGUAUACUCUUCCAAAUCUACCGGUUAUCAUUACCCAUACAGAGCGUGGCUUAUUGGAAAACAUGAUGAACUUGAAGAGCGGCUGUGGUUUGCGGGGUCAGGAUACGAGUACCUCGAGCAUAUAGCAGAAAACUACAAGAUAUUCUUCGCUAACCAAACAAAGGACGAAGUCGUAGACUGUUCAAAAUACCUUCCGAAGUGGUGGGGCAAGUUCAUAUGUAUCAAGAAUAGCCACGGAUUUUCUGGUGUACCCAACGGUGGUGGACUUUUUACGAUAUUUGGAGAUGAUGACUAUCUUACUGGAGUUGGGUGUUUUGAGAUAAGAUAUAACGAAGACCGGAUAAUGGUGUUCACAGAUCUUAGAUAUUAUGUAGAUUGGAUUAAUGUAUUUGCCAACAUAUCAAGAGGAGAAUACUAUGAAUACGCCUACCCUGAAUGGAGCAUUAAUUUGGGAACGUUUUCCGAUGGAGGAGGAAAUUAUCCUUACAUUCCUCUCUGGCAGAUUCAAAGUGAUUUGUUCCCUCUUGGGAAGAAAAAGUGAUUUUGAGACAUUCAAGCCAUUGGUUCUCAUCACUAACUCGCAGUCAGUUUCAGUUUUAAAGAUCUUGGAUAUGAUGCAUUAUCUUUCUUGCGGGGUAUCUCUUUUCGUAGAUCUAUCUCCAUCUGCAUACCAUCGACUAGCGGCCCGCCCUGACAUCGCACGGGUAUUUUUGCUCAAAGAAAAAUUGAACUCAAAUGGUGAAAGAAAUUUUCAAAUCCGUCCCGUAGUUUUGGAACCCAUUCAAUACAAAAUUUACUUAUAAAUUAAUAUUUUUAAUUGGUAUUGGAGAUUUAGGA